AUGGUGGACACGGAGGAUAUGGCCACGGCGGCCACGGAGGAUAUGGCCACGGCGGGCAUGGUGGAUAUGGCCACGGUGGACACGGAGGUUAUGGCCAUGGUGGACACGGUGGAUAUGGAUACGGACGAUGAAGCAGAACUAGCCUAUUGUUUAGUGUGGGUAUAUAUUUCUCGAGGCUCCUUUCAUGGACCAGUCGACUCCUGGGAUCUCACGAUGGUGUCCAAAGCUCUGACCGUGGCGCUGUCCCUCCUCGUUCUGCUGGCUGCUGCCCUGGCUAGCCCCUUGCCCGAGCCUGGCUAUGGUGGUCAUGGCGGGCAUGGUGGAUAUGGCCAUGGUGGACACGGAGGAUAUGGCCACGGCGGGCACGGAGGAUAUGGCCACGGUGGCCACGGAGGAUAUGGCCACGGUGGGCAUGGUGGAUAUGGCCACGGUGGACACGGAGGUUAUGGCCAUGGUGGACACGGUGGAUAUGGACGAUGAAGCAGAACUAGUGACAUGCUGGUUAGGGAAGAUAGUGUUUACAAAAAAUUUACAUUGUUAUUUCGUCACCCCCAGAUUAUCACAAUAUUUGAAAACGAUUUAUUUUUCCAUUUUUUCUUUUUCACUUUGUUUUGGAAAGAAAGCACAGUCAGAUGUAGAAGAAGAAAUACUCCUAAUUUCACCCUUAUUGAAUUCUUUCUAUUCUCAACUCGACCAUAAACAACAUACGGCUCUACUAUCAAGGUUGUAAAGCAUGCAAAAUGUAGA